CUUGCUAUUUGGAUGAGCCAGGUGGAGGAGGCUGCCAAACUGCUGCAGAGAAAAUGCAAAGAAGGAGUGAGGAUGAGGAAGGAGAAUCCCACACUAUGUGGGAUGUAAGUCACCACAGGAGGGGGAGAGAGGGGGACAGGGGCUGGAGUGUCAGAGGGAGGGGUUCCUGGGCUGAAGUGGAGGAGAGCCUGUCAGGUGGAGGGUCCCAUAGAGGGGGAGAGGAGAGGUCUGGCAGUGGCAGGACUAGGAGCUCCCCCAGCUCAUGCCACGUGUCCCCCCCAAACAUUGGAGACAUGUGGAAGUUCCCACACCCCAGCCAGGGGAAGUAGGGACUCCCCCAGGGCACGCCAGCUUCUGGACAUUAUGGGCAGAGAGGUCUGUGAAGGUUUGGAAGGGCAAUUCCAGGACACAGACUGGAGAACACCACCGCGGACAGCGCCACAAUCCACGGACAGUUACCAGGACCAGGACCUUGAUCCUCAACAGCCCCAGGAAGAGGGUGAGGUUUCAGAUAGCCCUAGAGCCCCACAAGCUCAAGAACACCGAGCUCCCCGGCGCGCCCAGUCACCAGCCGUGAUACCUGUGGUGCCCCCCAGACGUAAGAGCCCUUCCUUUAUUUGUCUGUGUGUGUGUCCCAAACAUGCAAAGCACAUUUAUUGAGUCCUUAUGCAGCCUACUUUAUGUGCCUCUUCAGUGUUAAUGAGAAGCAGUAGGUUGUUAAAGCCAGAUUUUGGAUAGAAUAUACAUUAAGUGUAAAUUAGAUCAGAUUCUUCUGCUGCUCUGGCUCUGCAGCUCUCCCUUCCACUUCCUGUGCUCCUCCCGUUCUGACUGGCAGCCUCAAGUCACCAUACAGCACUACUGCUAUUUCACUCUCUCUCAGGCCCGCUUUAAAAUCCUACUGAUGUCCUUGUGCCUGCCCUUGACUGUUGGCUCUGCUCGGCAUACAUUCUCACCUGCUGAUUUGACACUUUUUUCUUUUUCCUUUUGCAUGGUCCUUCUUGCUCCCCCUCACUCCAAGCCACCCACCGUCUCAAGUUUUACUCUGGCUCCUGAUGCCUCAUUGUAGUUUACUCCCUCCAUGCUGUCUCUCCAGUCUCCCUCUCCACUUGCAGGGUCCCUCUCCGGUCUUGCUCCCACCUCCUUUACCACCACUCUGUUAAGUUUCACUCCCCUCUCCCAGGUUCAAUCACCACUCUCAUUGUGUGUGUCAUACAAUCCCCUUAACUUGCAUCUGAUGACAAACAAGGCAAACAAAAAACACAUAUAUUUUGACAAUAUACAGAUUAAUGUUCCAUUUCAACUCCAGUAUUGGAAUGAUUUAGCCCCCCACACCCAAACAUGGAAAUACCCACCACCAAUUUAUCUUCUAAGAUUAGCUUUGUGAGCUUCCUUUCCCACCUUUAUAUACAUAAAUAAUUUGUAUAGUG